AUUGGAUCACUAUCCCAAAACCUAAUCCAAUUGCUUCAUUUUUCAUCUCCAACCAUUUAUAAAUACCUUCCAUUGCUAAUCACUCCCCACCCUCAUUUCAUCCCCUUAUAAGGGAGUCAAUUAGCUCUUACAUACAAAGUCUAUUGCUAUUCCCAUUUUACCCUUGGGCCGAAAUUGUGCGGUUGGGUCAAUAUGCGCGAAAUUCUUCACAUUCAAGGAGGGCAAUGUGGGAACCAAAUUGGAUCAAAAUUCUGGGAGGUUGUCUGUGAUGAACAUGGGAUUGAUCCGACUGGCCGGUACACCGGAGAUUCAGAUUUACAGCUAGAGAGAGUGAAUGUAUAUUACAAUGAGGCUAACAAUGGCAGGUAUGUGCCCCGGGCUGUGCUUAUGGACCUUGAGCCUGGUACUAUGGACAGUGUAAGGACUGGCCCUUAUGGGCAAAUUUUUCGGCCUGAUAACUUUGUAUUUGGGCAGACUGGGGCUGGAAAUAAUUGGGCUAAGGGCCAUUAUACUGAAGGUGCUGAGCUGAUUGACUCGGUCCUUGAUGUUGUGAGGAAGGAGGUAGAGAACUGUGAUUGCCUGCAAGGAUUUCAAGUAUGUCAUUCGUUGGGAGGGGGAACUGGGUCUGGUAUGGGAACUCUACUAAUUUCAAAAAUUAGAGAAGAGUACCCAGAUAGAAUGAUGCUUACAUUCUCAGUGUUUCCAUCUCCAAAGGUCUCAGACACUGUUGUCGAGCCUUACAAUGCUACACUUUCUGUUCAUCAGCUGGUAGAAAAUGCUGAUGAGUGUAUGGUACUUGAUAAUGAAGCACUCUAUGAUAUUUGCUUCAGGACUCUCAAGCUCUCUACCCCAAGCUUUGGAGACUUGAAUCAUUUGAUAUCAGCAACAAUGAGUGGAGUAACUUGCUGCUUGCGCUUUCCGGGCCAGCUAAAUUCAGACCUGAGGAAGCUAGCAGUGAACUUAAUCCCAUUCCCAAGACUUCAUUUCUUCAUGGUAGGAUUUGCACCCCUGACCUCUCGAGGAUCACAGCAGUACCGAGCACUAACAGUCCCAGAGCUAACACAACAAAUGUGGGAUGCCAAGAACAUGAUGUGUGCAGCUGAUCCUCGCCAUGGGCGUUACCUUACAGCAUCAGCAAUGUUUAGAGGCAAAAUGAGCACUAAAGAAGUCGACGAGCAGAUGAUAAAUGUGCAGAACAAAAAUUCUUCCUACUUCGUAGAAUGGAUACCCAACAAUGUAAAGUCAAGCGUCUGUGAUAUCCCACCAAAAGGGCUUACCAUGGCUUCAACAUUUGUGGGGAAUUCAACUUCUAUACAGGAAAUGUUUAGAAGAGUGAGUGAGCAGUUUACUGCUAUGUUUAGGAGGAAAGCAUUCUUGCAUUGGUAUACAGGAGAAGGAAUGGAUGAAAUGGAGUUCACAGAAGCUGAAAGCAAUGUGAAUGAUCUUGUUGCUGAAUAUCAGCAGUAUCAGGAUGCCACUGCUGAUGAAGAUGUUGAGUAUGAGGAGGAUGAUGAUCACGAGGGUGCGGAGAAUUGAAGGUGUUCUGCUAAUUUACUGCUUCGAAUGUUUCGUGCAGUAAUAAAUCACUAGAUUUUGAUUGUUGAAUGAACAUUGUUGCUGUUGUUGUGAUGGUGAUGGAUUCCUGAAGGUUUUUAUUUGAGUAGUUCUCUGGUGUUGUAGUAGCAUUGCUCUGCUCAAACACCAUUUCAAUUGCAACUUUUUAC